AAAAGACACGAAGAAGAAGAAGAAGACGCGAGUCGGUCGAAGUGCGGGACCGUGAGACCGAGCAGCGAUGACGUGACGCGGUUGAACGGCGCCGUGUUGUCAGCGGCUGUCGGCUCGAGGACGGAGGAGCGGCGGUGCGUGUGUGUGUCCGUGUGUGUGUGUGUGUCCGUCGUGACGCGGACAGGAGCCGGACGACCGAGCCCGACACCGGAGCCUCGCCAGGCUCCCGGUGACCGUGUCCGUUAUAUAACCGACGAGACACUCGGUGAUAACGGGACUUGGGCCAAUGCAGGUCGGAGGUGAAGCCGUUAUUCUCUGCACACACAGAUAACCACCGGGAUCGUCCGGCGAGCCGCCACCAUGAACGUGGGCACGGCGCACAGCGAGGUGAACCCCAACACCCGGGUGAUGAACAGCAGGGGCAUGUGGCUCUCCUACGUCCUGGGCAUCGGCCUCCUGCACAUCAUCCUGCUCAGCAUCCCCUUCGCCAGCGUACCCGUGGUCUGGACCCUCACCAACCUCAUCCACAACCUGUGCAUGUACCUCCUGCUGCACACGGUCAAGGGGACGCCCUUCGAGACGCCGGACCAGGGCAAGGCUCGCCUCCUCACACACUGGGAGCAGAUGGACUACGGUGUCCAGUUUACGGCCUCGCGCAAGUUCCUCACCAUCACACCCAUCGUCCUGUAUAUUCUAACCAGCUUCUACACCAAAUACGACCGGGCCCAUUUCGUGGUCAACACGGUUUCCUUGCUCACAGUGCUCAUCCCAAAGCUGCCGCAGCUCCACGGCGUGAGGAUCUUUGGGAUUAAUAAGUACUGACCAGGCAGAAGAGGACACCUCCUCCUCCUCGUCGUCCUCCUCGUCGUCCUCCUCCUCGUCCGCUGAGAGCACAGAGUAUCAGGCCUCUGAGUUGGCCGCGGAUCCACGAGGAUCUGUGGCUCUUUGGCUCGCGACUGACACCU